AAGAAAAAUGGAAGCGGCAGUGUUCAUUCUGUCACUUGUGGACUGCUGUGCACUUAUUUUCCUCUCGGUGUACUUUAUAAUCACCCUGUCUGAUCUAGAAUGUGACUAUAUCAACGCUAGAGCCUGCUGCUCCAAGCUAAACAAAUGGGUCAUUCCAGAGAUGGUCGGCCAAUGUCUCUCCACUAUGCUGAUGUUGGUCUCGAUGCACUGGUUCAUCUUCCUCCUCAACCUGCCUGUAGCAGCAUGGAACAUUUAUAGGUAUGUGAAAGUUCCAAUGGGAAACAUGGGCGUGUUUGACCCCACUGAGAUCCACAACCGAGGUCAGCUCAAGUCCCACAUGAAGGAGGCCAUGAUUAAACUGGGUUACCACCUGCUCUGCUUCUUUAUCUAUUUGUAUAGCAUGAUCCUGGCUCUGAUCAACGACUGAAGCAGCCAUCGGGCUGUCAGAUUCCAACGUCCAGGCUUUGCCGUCUCCCCCUCACAUCCUGCUCCUAUACUGUAUGCAUACAAUCUUUCUGAACAGCAGAGAGAGGAAGUUUAUUGUCACUGAUUACUGAUCCACGCUGUUAUUUGUGUUGUCAGUUUCCCAGAGUUUUCAAUUGAAUACUGAGGUUGACAUUUAACCAUUUAGCACUUCAGUACCAUCAUGCAAAAAUCUCCUACAACAAGCGCAGUGUGAUAUUGUGAGGGGAUAACUAAUGAGGUAUCUUUUCAACCUCUAUAUGCAAUAGUGAGUAAAAACAACACUAACAUAGUGGCUGUAAGAAAUAUUUUCUCAGUAAAGUGAGCAAGUAGUCUUCCUAGAGCAGAGAUGAGCAGAAACAACUUGUAAAUAAGUCUGAUAUAACCAAGCACAGCACUGAGUAAUGAUUCUCUGUCUAUCUGAAAUUAAGGUGGAAUUCUUGAGCGUGUUGAUCCACCAAAGCCACAUUUAGAAAAAUGCCAAUGGUGCUUCAAACCUCAAACCAAAUGAUGUCCUCUUGUGAAAAGGACUGGAACCUGCUGUGGUCCUCUGCUGCAGCGGUUCCAUGCAAUGUGUGCUCACAGAUACUCUCCAGCAUAUGUAACUCACUGGAGGUUUUUUUCUCUGUGACCUCCAGAGACUGUUGUGGUGGAAAUCAAGAUCAGUAUAUACUUCAACAACCCUGUCUGGCACCAACAAUCAUUCAACUAGGUCACAUUUUCUCCUCAUUCUUGUUUUUAAUCUGAAUUACUCAACCGCUAGAGCAUGUCUGCUUGCUUUAUUGCAUUGACCUGCUGCUGAUCAUCUUCUUCUGUAGCUGGCCGUUAAUCAACUUUAGGCUUCUCAACUACUGU